AUGGAUGAAUCCACUCGCAACAGACUGCUCAAGAAGUACAAAACUCAGGUGGCCUCCGGGACUUCCACGGUCUGCGCUACUCUAGCUGUGACUCCUCUUGAGAAUGUCAAAACUCGUAUGCAAACGCACAACUUCCAAAAUGUCUUCCAGUGUGUCCGAUACCUCUGGCGAACCGAAGGACCCCGUGGCUUUGUUGCUGGUGCUCUGCCCCCGCUUGCCAGCGUCACGGCAGUCCGGGUUGUGAACUUUACUACCUACAAUUCUGCAAAACACCGCAUCUCUGAUUUUAUCGAGCGUAUGACGGGGUCGUCCCCUCUGGAACUUUACAACCAACCGGGAAGCGCCCCCACCGUUUCGACUAUUUUUACAUUCAUCACCGCGGGAUGUUUCGCCGGAGUGAUUACCUCCCCGCUUGCCUGUCCGUUUGAACUGGCUAAGAACGUCGUUCAGACGUCUGUACUCGUCUCGAAUCGCGCCCAAGCUUCCCCUGAUGCCGUAAGAGAUCCCUCGUUGCGCCACAAGCCGCGCAUCGGAACCAUCGAAGCGAUCCGGCAGAUUGUGCAACGAUAUGGAUUUAGAGGUCUAUACACGGGAUUCGGGCUACAUGCUAUGCGUGAUACCGUCGGGUCUGGCCUAUAUUUUGCAGUCUACGAAACGGUCAAGCAAGUUGCAGCUAGAGAGCUCGGACCGGACAAGUCUCCGUUCGGUGCUCCUAUGAUUGCUGGAGCAAUCUGUAGCACAGUGCCGUGGUUUUGCACAUACCCUCUUGAUACUCGCAAGACACGCGCGCAAAGCGUGCUUCUAGGAAAGACGAAGGAAGUUGGCGAAGCUUCCGCCGCGGUCGCACGGUCCAGCAUGUAUAAGGGACUGUCGAUUAUCCUGAUCCGCACUGGAGUAAACAACAUGAUCCUACUCAGCAUCUUUGAAUACAUCAAGAUGCGCAUCAACGAGCUGGACGGAUGA